UGUGUGCGCAUGCAUACGUCCUGCCAUAAAGCCUGAAUAAUUGAUGUGGAGGGGAAGGAGUGAAAGCAGUGUCUGACGGGACAGAGCGUGUGGGAGUGUGUCGAGAUGGGGGAGAGGAACACGGUGAGGCAGCAGCCUGGCUAUGAUGGAAUCUGCAACUACGCCCAAAAAAUCACCUCCUGCUUUGGACUCGAUGUGGCACAUGCGCAGGACCCACACCACCACUCCUCAGAGAAGCCCCUGAUUCAGUGCUAUAAGUGUGGGGAGCCAUGUAAGGGUGAGGUGCUUCGUGUGCAGAACAGGCACUUCCACCUCAAGUGCUUCACCUGCAAAGUGUGCGGCUGUGACCUGGCCCAGGGGGGCUUCUUCAUGAAGAAUGGAGAGUAUCUGUGCACACUGGACUACCAGCGCAUGCACGGCACACGCUGUAACGGCUGUGGAGACUUUGUGGAGGGGGAGGUGGUCACCGCCCUGGGGAAGACCUACCACCCGUCAUGCUUCGUCUGCACAAUCUGCAAACGGCCGUUUCCUGCUGGGGACAGGGUGACCUUUAACGGGAAGGACUGCCUGUGUCAGUACUGUGUGGAGCCCAUGUCGCCAGGACCCAAAGACAUCCUGGGCUUCAGCAACUGUGCAGGAUGUGGUCGAGACAUUAAGAACGGACAGGCUCUCCUGGCUCUGGACCGGCAGUGGCACCUGGGCUGCUUUAAGUGUAAGGCCUGCAGCAAAGUGCUGACCGGAGAGUACAUCAGCAAGGAUGGCGCCCCCUACUGUGAGAGGGACUACCAGGUCCAUUUUGGCGUCCAGUGUGAGGCGUGCCAUCAGUUCAUCACAGGGAAGGUGCUGGAGGCAGGAGAUAAACACUACCAUCCCAGCUGUGCCAGAUGCAGCAGGUGCAAUCAGAUGUUCACAGAAGGGGAAGAGAUGUAUCUGCAAGGAUCGACGGUGUGGCAUCCCGGCUGUAAGAACACCACGCGGACAGAGGAGAGACACAGGGAUCGGCCGACGAGGUCGUCAUCUGAGAGUAUUUGUUCCAGACCUGGUUCAAGCAUUCCUGGCUCACCGGGUCACACCAUCUAUGCAAAAGUAGACAAUGAGAUCCUUGAUUACAGAGACCUAGCUGCCAUUCCAAAAGUAAAAGCCAUUUAUGACAUUGAGCGCCCCGAUCUUAUUACCUAUGAACCCAUGUACUCCACUUCCCUGGAUGAGAGAGAGGAGAGACGAGAGAGUGUGGGAGAGCUCCACACUGCCAGGCAGGAGCGCUCCCCUUUCCCUGAUGACAAGUCCUCAAGAAACAUGUCACCAACCCCACCUAUUGAAACUUCUUAUGAGAGGAGGGAUCGCAUCCUCCAAAGAUCCACCAGUCAGGGCUCCAUAGCAUCGCCAGUUUAUAGUCGCCAUGGUUACACCCCCACUUUGUUACGGUCGCCGCAGCACUUCCACAGGCCAGAGGCUCUGACGGGCAUGCAGAAGCUCUGCUCUUCCCUGUGCAGUAACAGUGUGGGCUCCAGAAAUAGUGACUCCCGCCCCACCUCCCCUUUCAGACACCACUUCCUCCCCCAUAGCCAAGGCACUGACCCGCCAAGUGGCCGCAGCUCGCCCCUCCCACUCAGGCCCGACAGCCGGCCGGUCACCCCGCCUCUUUCUCUGACCCCUAAACAUUUCCACCUUCCAGAUCAGGGGAGCAACAUCUACAGAAAGCCACCCAUCUACAAACAACAUGACAUUGAUAGAUCAGUUGCCAUGGUUGUAAACCUAGAUACAGCUGCCAUAGCACGUCAAAGCAAGUCUGCUGAUGACAUCAUCAGAUCGGCCACCUUCCCCGCUGCCCAUGCUCCCUCUCCGGAUGACAGCUCACGCAGUGAGGGCGACCGUUGGCCCUCGUCUCUUGCUGUAUUAGAAGGGAGGAGACGAUCCAAAGAAGAAGAGGAGGAAGACGCCUUGAAAAAAAAGCAGCUCCAGGAGGAGCACCUCAGUAAGAUGCAGUCUGGUUUGGGAAAACUCAUUCUGAAGGAGGAAAUGGAGAAGGAGCAGAUGAGAGAGCGACACGUGCGCAGCCUGUCAGCUCAGCGCUAUGACCCCAAACAGACCAACUGUGACGCAGAUCCUCCUUCUCCAACCAAAACAAACUCUCUGCCAAGUUACGGCCGGAAUGGACUCCACCGGCCUCAGUCAACAGAUUUCACCCAGUACAACAGUUAUGGGGACAUGUAUGGAGGAGCACGAGAGUUUCAGCACAUUAAGGAUGGCCGGGCAGCACUUGCAAGGAUGGACAGGGGAGUGUCUAUGCCUAAUAUGUUGGAACCAAAAGUGUAUCCCUAUGAAAUGCUCAUGAUAACCAGUAGGGGGAGAGCUAAACUGCCCAGGGACGUGGACAGAACCAGAUUGGAGCGCCAUUUAGCACCUGAAAUGUUCUUUGACAUCUUUGGAAUGGAGAUCCAGGAGUUUGACAGGCUUCCCCUGUGGAAACGCAACGACAUGAAAAAGAAGGCGAAGCUCUUCUAGCACUCAGAGCAGCAUGCAUGUCGUGUACAUUCAUUCUGACAGCGCACAAAAAGUGUAACCUAGACGUAGGGUUUUCUUUUCCUCUAUGGCGUAAUCAAAGAAGCCAUGAAGUGGACUUGUUUGCUCUGAUGCUGACUGAGACUGUGAGCUGAAGUCUAGUCCAUGUUCAAACAUGACAAAGAAUGAACGAUGAGCAGGAUCUUGUUAUUUGGUUUGACUGCACCUGUUUUACCUCUUGCUUUGCUUUGAGUGGAACUGCUUUUUUGUGUUUUCUUUGUUUUUCUGUUUAUUUCCUCCUUGUCUCUUCCUGCUAUUUGUUGCUGUUGAUUCCUGUGGAACUUUCUAACUACAGUACAACCUCAUGAACUGCCCAUGCCCGUAGCUUGAACAUGUGUGAGUUUUUGGUCCAAAAGUGUGCAAGAAUCGACUCAGUGAGUCUUUGAAUAAAAAGCCACUAAGAAAGCAGUCAGCUGACCAACCAGUUGAUUUACUGGAGCUCCACAAAAAUGAGUCAUCCACAUCAUGUGUUUUCCUGGCCUGCAUAUACACCAAAAGUCCCUGUCUGACCCAAACACGUGUCUCUUCUCAGGCUCCAUGACAUGUGGCCACACACUUUGCCCUGACAUGUGUCACAAUACACAUCUUAUGACGAUUUUAAUGCCAUAUGCAUACAUACACGAACAAAUAGAUCAAACACCUGACGGAAGAAGAAACUGUAUUUGAAAGUUCUGUUUUUUUAAAUGAAAACCCACACUGCCAUUUAUUGUAUUGAGAUCUAAGCCAAUAAAGCUUUAAAUCACCAUCAAUCAUAU